AUGGCAGAUGAUCAGACGGCCGACCGAAGAACAAAGGUACUAGCGUGGGGGAGCAACCUCUUCGACCAGAUCCCACGAGACAAAGACGACGGCACUUCACAAUCUUCCAUCUUGCAGGAUGCUGCAUCCGUGGUAGCUGUGUGUACGUAUCAGACGGUCUGUCGCAGCAAAUCUGGCAAAAUCAAGGCUUACGGUGAAGCACCUUCGCUCGUCGAAAAGGCUUGUCGGGACUUGCUGCAAGACACGAAAGUGGACGAUAGGCUUGUGUUUGUAGGUCAUGACAUCUUCGAGGCUAUAUUGGAUGUCAAAAGUGAUCGAUGCUGCUUUCUGAGGUACGCAGAAGAUGAUGAGGAAGAGGGAGGACGAUAUGAGAUGAUCGAGGGAUGUGGGUGGGAAACGGCAGCGGUCGAUGGGAGAGGUCGGUGUAUGGCACUAGACCUGGAGGGGCGCGUAUAUCUCUUUGACUCUGUGGCCAUGUUCAGGAUCACGACGGGACAGAGCGAAGCUGCAAUCACAGCGAGAGAGGCGGCUCGGUUCACAGCUCAUCCCUGUGCCGAGGGCAGCCCUGCAAAGGAAGCGAAAGCACCGGCUCCACUACCCAAGUUCGACAAAAUCUCGGCAGGCAACGCACACUUUGCGCUGCUUUCCCACAGUAGCCGCACACCUUCACCGGUAUGGAUCUUCGGCGAUGCUCGAUUCGGUGCCAUUCCGAUGCAACCAUUCUCGCACACCACCCUUGUAGGGAAGCUACCUUUGACGAAAGCCAAAGGAAAAUCUCCUUCGUCCGACUUGCCAACGACCGAUGUACGCUACCUCAUGCCAGUACCCUACUUUUCACCUCACGAAGGCUUCCCAUCCCGCAUCGCAAACAUCUCCGCCGGUAGUCGACACAAUCUCGUCCUCACCUCCGGCGGCGACCUCUACGGAUGGGGAUGGAACGAAGAUUCCCCUCUUCUGCCUUUCGACUCCAGCCCGACGAAUCAAGGUUGGGACACCAACAUCGUGUCCGAACCCACACUCAUCCCUCUCCCCUCUGCUCCCAAGGAUGAGCUCUCGCUCACCGCAAUAGCCGCAUCGAACGGUCGAUCCUUUGGGAUCACUACGGAGGGACAGUUGGUCAUUGCUGGUUCGAACGAAUUCGGAUGCUUGGGUCUCGACAAAGAUUUGGGUGGUGCGGAGAAAAAGCCGAGGUUCGAACGAGAGUUCAGUCAGAUCAAGAAGGAGUACGAGUGCGUCAAUGGCUGGCAAGUGCAUCCCAGUUGGAAGGAGGGGGAAGAGAUCAGGAGAGUGAUGAGAGUGGAUGCGACGAUGCUGGCGACUUUCAUCACGGUUGAAACGACAGCCUAG